UUUUCUACUCUAUAUUCGGUGAUUAUAUUUAUAUCAUAAAGUGGAAUCAAAUAUUAUUACUCUCUCUCCAUACUCCAUACCAAUAUUGAAGGCUUCACCCAUACCCUGCCCUCAGAAAAUAAAUAACAACAAUAUAAAAAAUAAAAAAGCAUCAAUAGAAUCUGUAUCUGCUUCUGUUUUUACAGGACACAAUGAACAUUAUGUCCACCAACCAGUGUGGUUGGCCACUGAGAAUUCAAGAUCAUCCUGACAAAGGAAAUAUUAAUAAGGCUCCAUUUUCAGGAUAUCAUUCUCCCUCAAAAGGAUUGGACUUCCUUAAUGUUGCUCAUCAUAAAUGUCGCCAUAGUGUCAGAAAAUGUAGGCCUAUUUUUUCGAGUACAGUGAAUGACAGUAUCAAUCCAUAUGAUUCAGAUGACAGUAACAAGAACAAAUCUCAGAAUGAUGAUGAAAUCAAAGGAGGGGUGAAUAGCGAAAUGCUCAGAGAGAGUCUCGAGAAAAUAGUCGGUACAGAUGAUUCCAGGUUUAGUGGAUUUGACCUUGCUACCCUUAUCAGGAAAAAAUAUGGGAAAUCUUAUGAUGUCCAGUUGAUUAAGAAGGAAUUCAUGGGAAGAAAUCUCCUUGCUAUGAAUGUCAUGUGGAAGUACGCGGAGCAGAGAUCAUUCCCAUUGACUGAAGAAGAGUAUAUUUUGAGACUUGAUGAUGUUGCAAACUCAUUAAAAUGUUGGGGAGCUGUCUCACAUAUUCGGAACAGCUUAGCGAAGUCGAAAGAACGACCUCGGAUAGGGAAGGCUGUAAGCAUUUUUAUAGAUAUGGAUGAGUCAGGUGCACGUGCAAACGAGUGGAUCUACAAAUAGAUUGCACUAAUGAAUUGAAAUUCAUCUCAAAGGUGGAAUCUAUAGCUAGCAGGACCACCCUUUUUUGUGAACUUGGGGAUUUAUACAGAAUAUACAGAAUCUUUCUAACAUUUUUAUUUGUAUCACUUCAAUCAAGGCAAUUGUAUUUUAUGUUCUUUCUGUCCUAUUACCUCUGUUUACUAUAUUGGUGUAAAUUGGAAUCAAUAUAAGAAAAGCAUCCACAUUAACUUAAAUUUUUAAUAAAAUUCUCUUAAGUUUAGGGCAGA